AUCCAACAAGCUUGUCAUUGUCAGUUGUGUCGUUGAGGUUUUAUAUUCUGCUCUUCGUCCUAUCCGCAAAGCUUUGUAGGGGAAUUGGCCCUGUGUCUCAUUUCUGAGACUGAUUUUGCUCGAACGAACACAAGUACCUGACCCUAAAACCAACACUUCUCACGACCAGAACUGGACGCCCUCCUUCGCUAUUACAAAGAGACACAUAACAUCCAACUGCGCUUGAUCUUUUUCCUCACUGCUACAUAUUAUACUUAUAUUUUCUUUAUACCCAAAACCGAUCAAACAAAAUGUCAUGCCGACCUUCAAGCCGCUCGUCUGCCUCCUCCACAUCCUCCGGCUCCUCCAUUCGCACCUGCCGCGAAAAGCGUCUUCCCGAUUGCGCAGCUGUCGGUGCGCUCGUCUACUUUUGCGGUCGAAACCCGCGUAAGGUCAAAGCCGUGCGUGUUUACGAGACAACAUACCUCGAUAACGACACAUCGGGAGAUCUGGAUUGCGAGAUGAGGAGCAGCGCCAGUAGUUCCAAACGCUCUAGACGAUCGGGGCACUCGUGGGUCAGUAGCGACAGUAACUGUGGAAGAGUAAAGCAGGAGUUUUACUUUAUUGAGUCAAGGACUAGUGGCUAUGGGUCUGGUGCUGGUUACGAAGGGGGAGAGCAGCAGCAGCAGCAACCAGCGCAGGUAACAGCGGCAAGGCAAUGGAAGCCGCCCAAGAGUGGGAGUGAGAGGAAAUCCCGUUCCUCGAAACACUCGAGUAAGAGCGGUGGUAGCCACAGUCACAGUCAUGGACAUGGACAUCGGGGGCGACAGGGACCGCCGAGUGCUACAUCAGAAGAAGAAGACGAGGGGAAAUAUGAUGAAGAAGAAACGGACGACGGAAGUCGAAGUGUUUUCAAUGAAUUCAAUUAUCAAGGAGGAGGUUCCGGAGGCCCUGGUGCUAGCCCAAGUCCAUUCCCACCUGGUCCUCCGGGUAUGGUGCCCCCUCCUCCUACUUCUCAUCCUCCCACUGGCGGGUACCCGGGGCAACCGAUGUUCAAUAUGGGUGGUCCUCCUCCGCCACCGAUACCACCAAUGACACCACAUGGACACGGGAGCUUUCAUCAUCCUCCGCAUAUUUUAACACCGGGAACUCAUCCUCCGGUGAUGUCAGGUGGUGGUGGUGGUGGUGGUGGAGGGAGAGGAGGAGGAGGUCAUUUCUAGCAGGAUGGAGUUGGGAUUCAGGUGUUUAUGCCUGAGUGAACACUGACAUUGUUUUAUAAAUAGCUUAACAAUGGGCAACAUGGAUGAAAAGACGAGGUUGACUGCUGAUUGAGUAGGACGUGUGGUUUUACAUUUGCUGAGGAUGAGUCACACUGUAAUUAUAGACUUGGAAUGACUUGGUCUUGGGUAUAUAUGCGGUCAGGACCCGCUGCGAGGGGCUAUAUGCCUAUGUGGUAGAGAUCCUGUGUUCGAGUACGUUUUUGUAGAAUUACCACACGCAAUGAUUAAGUGAUUCCCAUAAACUGUUUAUUGGUUACACUAGA